GAAGGUUUCACUUCUAACACGUGUGAUCUGCGCACAUGAUAUUUUUUUUUUUAACAUAGAACGUGACUUUAUCGAGGGUGGAAAAAUUCAACCCUUACAACGAGAUCCGAACGAUUAUUUUGAUUCGUCUAAGUACUUCUUGUCCAUUUCGUUUCUAUGAAUGAAUUUAUCGUUCUGUUAAAGAUUUUUUGUUCGUAGACAAAUUUUUUCUCACGUGUUAGUUCAAUGUUUUUCUGAACAAAUGAUGUAUGAUGUAUAUAUAUAUAUAUACAUACCUGUAGAUACAUAAAUCGUGUUCAGUAUUAUAUUAAAUCGAAAACACGAACUUGGAUACCAAGAUACUAGGUGGAAGUAUUCGUAUUUGCCAAGGUCAAUCGCCGGUAGUAAGACGGUAACGCGAUCUUUCAUUGUGCCUAGCUCGGCAGUUAUGACGGUUUGCGUGUCUUCCUCCGUUUACAUUUACCCCUUUAGCCGUCUUUGCUUUCCGUUUCUUGUAACUUGUUAAGAACGCGCGGUAGUUUAACAGGCCGCAAACGAUAUUUACCAUUAUUUAUCAUGCAAGCAAGCAACGUUAAAGCUUCCACAAAAUGACUCCUCCGAAGUUUAGAAUCUAACUGUAAAUUGUAUCUUUCCAAAUGCGUUCUAAAACUCGCACCUAAUUAUUCCGCAAAAUUUCAUAUUCCUCAGGGAAGAGUAUAGUCUACGGUUCAAACUAUUGAAAUUUAUUCUAUCGAUCGUACGAGGGGCUACUUUCAAAUGCAAAACGCUAUCCGUACCGACUGCACUUUCCGAUGAUAAAUAUCAUCACAUUCAAUAAUUGACGAUAAACGAAUUUCAUCGUUAUUUGACCCUUACAUAACUCUUAAUUAUUCAUUAAAAAGGAAAUUUAUAAACGUAACAUAUCAUCUACAUCAAUGAUGUUAGUUUAUUAUCAUUUGAAUUCAAAAUGAUGAAUAUAUUACAAUAGUGCAACAUCACUUAGAACAACGAAAAACUACGAAAUAGGAAAAGCAUGUAAAUUGAUACUCAUGAUCACUACAACCUUGUAAACGUAAAAGCACGUAAUAAUGAAAAGAGACACGUAGAAUGCGCGAGGUAAUUUAUAAUUGAAGGUUAUCCUCGUUGCACGCAUUGUAGGUACAUAUUAAAGUAGGCGCCGUCUGUAGCUGUCAGGUAUAUAUCGUGUACCUGAUUGCUAUGAAUUAUUCGCAAUACUUGCGAGAUUUAAAUGUCCAAGCUUUUAUGCACGAAACUUACAAUACGCGAUUCGUCGAUACACCAAAUAAACAGGAAUCUUCCAAGAGAUGUUAGGUUUAUUGUAUUGUCAAAUAAUAUAAUGUUCUUCCUUAGAAUAGAAUAAUCUAAAGUAUACUUGGAAGAAUCCUCUCAGUAGAGGAAACUGAAAAGUACAAACAGUAAUAUUGAUACACGCUGGUAAAAGUUAGAUUGUCGAUAUCACAAACAGGACACCCAUAUCCUGUUUUGCACUACACCGACAAAAUCAUGAUUCAAGAUGUAGCCACGUUAUAUUGGUAUCGUGCACGUUGACUCUAUUCACAGUCCAAUCGAGUGACUGUUGUUGUUGAUACGCAACAGGUUCCAUGGAGGACCAUUUUGUCAGAAGCUACAAGAUGAACAAAUCGAUCUAAAAAGUGUCUAUUACAACAGAAAUACGUACGAACAACAAUGGAUCCGCAAGAAACAACGACUAACAAUGCUGCUUUGAUUCGCGGUUCGAGCACGGUAAAGCAGGGUGCACCUCUAUCGCAAGGCUUUCAAGCAAGACCCCAAGUUACUCCUACUGGAUUUCCAAGAUACCCAGUAAAUAAUGGCCCUAUAGGAGCUAACCGUCCUGCAGGACAACAAGCGCAACACCCUAUUUACGGUUUAGAAAGUCAUACGUCCAUAGGCCAAUCUAAAUCAAGCCAACAACAACUCGUACAACUUCGACCACACGGGCUUUCACCGAGGCCUCCUGGAAACAACCAAGUGCAUCAUCCUGGAAACCCAGUGCAUUCACCUAGGCAAAUACAAAGUAGACAAAAUCCAGUAAGUCCUCAAAGUCCUCAAAAUCCUCAAAAUCCAAGAUUCCCUGGGAGCCCUGGAGUCAGAGUAGCGAAUCCAACGAGCGGAGGACCACCUCCGGUUCCACAACCGGUAGGACCCAGACCAAAUUAUCAAAGAAACGUCAUCGAACAGAGAACAGAACAAAGAAUCUUGAAUUUGUCCGCAUCGGCAAGCACAAAUCAACAGCAAGGGCAAAGUUUCAAUUCACCGAGGCCACUUAAAAAUUCGGUGCCACAAAGACCGAGGAAUGAUCCGUCCUUAAACACAACAAGACCGUGUCAAUUAUCUAAUAAGGAGAACAAACAAUCUGUACGUCCUCGUAUAAUCAUAGAAAAAAUGCCGGACUUGGACGAAGAGAAGAGCGAUCUCGUCCGAGAGAAUUCGAUUCAAAAAAAGAAAGCUGACGUUCGCGGUAGCGGUGAAAACGAUGACGAUGAUGACGACGUUGUGAUGGAUACUGAAAAGUCACCUAGACAAAAUGGUAGCACGGUUUCCGACACCGAUAAGUCGCCACGCCCAAGUGACAAUUUACCCCCCAAUAAAGACAAAUCACCACAGAAAAAUGGCAAUGCUGACCGUAGUAAGGAAUCCCUAUCGGACUCUUCGGUAUCUCCAAAAAUAGGACAAAAAAUGGAGGAUAGCGGUAAAUCAGUAACUCGGCCAGGAACAGCUACGAUCGAUACUAAAUCCGAGAGAAAAUCACCCGAACGAAUGAUCGUUCCUGUAAACGAUAACGAACAGCCUGAAGAUAAAGAAACUUCGAGUAAAUCUUUAUUAGACAAGUCGGAAGAUAAAACGUCGAAUAAAAAUGAUUCCAUCGAUGAGGAUAAGUCUGUUCCUACUAAAAAUGAUCAAAUUGGUGACGACGUUAAAGACGAAGUCAAGAAGGAAUCUUCUUCUAGCAGUAGACCUGCAUCGAGCAAAAUGGAAGAUAAAAUUGAUCAAAUGAAAACCGAACAACGUUCCUCGGUCGUUGAAAUGAAAAUUAAUGAGGAUAGUAAGAGUGAAAUAGUGCUAGACGAAUCUAAAGAAAAGAAAGUAGAAAAGGAUAAUAAUAAAGUCGAUGAAUUAACAACGAAAGAAGAUAGUGCAAAGUGUCCCGCUAGUCCUCAAACACAAACCAUACAUUCUGCAGGUCAGAAUGAUCAAAGUGAUUCCACGCCGACGAAAAAAGAUCAAAUUGAAGAGAAAUUAACAAAUUUGGAAAAUCUUACAAAUAAUUUAACACCAGAAAACGUAGAUCAAAUGCCAAGAACACCGUCAAAGUCUCCUCCGUCAGCGGAUAUUAUAAAAGAGAACAAACAACAAAGUCCUCCUCCUGCUUCUCCUUCUCCUUCAGUUGGAAGUCCUUCGAAUAUUCCAACGCCAAUUAAGAAUUCUGACGAAGCAUCAAAAACACCAUCAAAGUCUCCAUCCCCGGACGUCACGAAGGAGGACAAUUCUAAGGAAGCUUUAAACGAUUCGCCGACUGUUCAAUCUGCAGAACAGAGACCGAAAACUCCUGCUACUAAAUCUCCUUCCCCUUCUCCAACGUCACCCUCACCCGAUGUCGUAAUGGAUGAUAAAAGAAAAUUAACUCCGAGUCCUUCGAAUAAUUUAACGAUGCAAAACCUCGAACAAGACUCGAAAACUCCGUCAAAAUCCUCCGACAUUUCCAGAGCCUCGACGCCAACGGUCGUGGACGUUCAGGCGGAAAAUAAAUCGGAAAGUUUAAAUCUAGAAAAACCCAGCAGACCUACCUCGGCUUUAUCAAAAGAUUCUACUUCGGAGAAAGAGCAGACUCCAACUGUACCAGCGAGUUCUCCCUCUUUGGAAAUGCAGGAAAAAUUGUCCCUACCAGAAUCCUUGCCUACACCACCAAAGUCACCUCUAGAAAGUGUUCAAGGUUUUGACAAUGGACAGAGAAGGUCUCUGUCUUCACCAGGUUCCCCGAAAUCACCGAAAUCAGCAAUCAGUAUAAAGCCUUGCGAGGGUGAAAAGAAAAAAACUACCUUCGCUGAGGAUUCUAUCAUCAAGAAGGACGAAAGCCUGGAGGAAAAAACGGAAGGUUCCUCUCGAGAAACUUCGAAACCGACAACGCCUACUGGAAAACCACGACGCGCGCAAACACCCAUUAAACUACAGAGCGAGAAACGAAAAAAAGAUAUUGAAAAUGACAGUGCUAUUAACGAUUUGACCAAGCAUAACGUUUCACCAACUACGAAUGGAGUCGCAGAUUCGCCAACAAAAAAAUCACCAUCGAAAUCCAAAGAGAGUGAUAAAAGAUCAACAGCUGGAUCGCCGACAAAAUCGCCUAGCAAAUCUAGCAAAUCAUUGCCAAAAACUCCAGAGACACCGUCAUCGACAGGAAGUCAAGAAAAAAAGAAGGUGCCGAUGAACAAAGUUCAAGUUGGUGCGGCACCUUCGCCGAAUUUGAAAACUGUACGAUCGAAAAUCGGUUCAUUAGAAAAUGCCAGUUACAAACCUGGUGGUGGAAAAGUUAAAAUAGAAAAUAGAAAGUUGGACUUUAGCAAGGCACAACCUAAGAUCGCUGCGAAGAACGAAAAAUACACGCCCAGUGGCGGUGACAAAAAGAUAUCUCAAAUAAAACUUCAAUGGAAUGCAAAACCCAAAGUGGGCUCUUUGGAUAAUGCCACGUAUAAACCCGGCGGCGGUGAUAAAAAGAUCGAGACAGUCAAGUUGGAUUUUAAAGACAAAGCUAAACCAAAAGUAGGCUCGAAAGAUAACGCCAAGCACGUACCUGGUGGUGGAAGUGUCAAGUCAUCGGCGACGCCACCAAAGACACCGCAGGACACGAAUAACGACAUACAAACGCAGAAGGUUGAUAUCAAGGCUGAAAGUAAAAUAGGAUCUAUGGAUAAUGUGAAACAUAAGCCGGGUGGCGGUGACAAGAAGAUCUUCAACGACAAGGAUUAUCUCAGACAGACAGGCUCAAAUGUUGAAAGUCUUUGCGGUAGUGGUUCACAGGUUCAAAGUACCGAGGAGCAGAUAACGGAUGAGGAAAAAAAAGAAACGGAAACGAGGAAUAGCGACCUACCACAGCCACCACCAUCGACACCAACACGAGGACGUACUGUGAAAUCACCGUCUCGGGUAGUAACUGCACAAGCUGUUCGCAGCAGCCUGGCCAAGUCACCAACGUCUAAUAAAAAUAAUGUUCUACCGAAAGACGCAGAUGUUCCUCCUGCAGCGCAAAAUUUACAAAGGGAUGAAGAUAGGAGCGAAAAAACUAUCACUGAGAAAAAAAGUCCGAUCAAGGAAGACUCGGUGAAAUCUUUGAAACCACCGAGUACUCCACCUCGUCCUCCGAAUAAUUUAAAAUUAAAAUAUACCAAUAAAACGUCUCCGAGAAAAACGUCGCCGAAUGAGUUGCGUCUUCCUAAAUUGGCAACUUCACCAGUUCAUCAGGAAAUUAACACAGUCUCGGAGACAUCACCUAAACUCAUUUUACCCAAAUUGAUCGAAUCAUCGAUGCAAUCUACUCGCGUUGCUCAAUGAGUUCUUAUUUUUUUAUUUAUAUUUCAUUUUGGAGCACGUGCGGUAAAAUAAUAAAUCGAUUAUUACGUAGAUUUA